AUGAUGCAAGGAAUAGCGGACAGUUUGAUCAUAUCUGGCAGUAUCGAAGGUGUGAAUUGUGACAUGGUGAUAGAUACGGGAUCUAACAUUACAAUUUUGAGACCGGACGUAUUGGGGCGAGUUUCGAAAGACGUAGACAUUGAUGUACAGCCAGUAGACAGUUUAUUACGGACAGUAACCGGUGAAACAACACCAGUACAAAGUCGUGGUAAGUCGUGGCAGCUUUUCAAGUUGGUUCAAGAAAAAUUUGAAAGUCGUACAUGAUGUAUGGAUUGCAGAUGUCGAGAACGAGUGUAUUUUGGGACUAGACUUUCUGAUUUCGAAUGACUGUGUUGUUGAUGUACAAGAAUCCUGUUUGCGUAUUGGCCCGGAAGAAAUUCGAUUCAAGGGGAUGACAGCCACAAAGAAAUCAGUUUGUCGCAGAGUGAUGGUUGCUGAAACAUGGUUGGUUCCACCGAAGAGCGAAGCGAUAAUUCCAGGAAUGCUGGACGGUGAUGGUAGUUCUGAAGAAGGUUGGGGAGAAAUCAACCCUAGCAAGGAACCAGGAUUGUCCAGUGAUAUUCUCGUAGCAAGGACGGUUGUAGAUAUUCGUAAGCCCAUAUUUGCUGUAAGAGUGUUAAACAUGUCGGAUGAUGAACGAAUAGUCCGUGAAGGUACAGAUGUUGCUAGUUGUGAAAUCAUCGACAGUGUGACCGUGGUGGGGAAGACUGAGCCUGGAAGUCGUGAAGCGAGUGAUGAGUUACCUGAAGUGGUAAAGAAGCUUUAUGACCGUAGUUCCGGAGGUUUGGACGAUUCACAAAAGAGUCAGUUGUAUUCGUUGCUGGUGGAAUUUAAAGAUGUGUUUUCAGAAAGUUCAGGUGACAUAGGGAGAACAUCUUUAACUUCACACAAGAUUGACACUGGUAACCAAAAACCGAUCAAACAACAACCGCGGCGUCUACCACUGGCGAAGGUGGACAUUGCACAAGAGGCGAUUAAAGGAAUGCAUGAGCAAGGAAUUAUCGAACCUUCAAGCAGCCCCUGGACAGCGCCUAUUGUCUUGGUGAAGAAGAAGGACGGCACAAACAGGUUCUGCGUUGAUUACAGAAAGUUGAAUGAUGUGACGAAGAAAGAUUCCUACCCGCUCCCUCGAAUCGAUACGACACUUGACGCGUUAGCUGGCUCGAAGUGGUUUUCAACUCUGGACAUGAAGAGUGGUUAUUGGCAGGUGGACUUGGAACAAUGUGACAAAGAAAAAACGGCGUUCUCGACAGGCUACGGGUUGUGGCAGUUCACCGUUAUGCCAUUUGGGUUAUGCAACGCCCCCGCUACAUUCGAAAGGUUGAUGGAGUUAGUUUUGGCUGGUCUGCCUUGGAGCGUGUGUCUUCUCUACUUAGACGACAUCUUGGUACAUGGAAAGACGUUCGAAGAAGAGAUACUUAAUCUACGCGAAGUCUUUGGUCGUUUUCGAGCAGCCAACCUCAAACUGAAUCCGAAGAAGUGCGAGCUGUUCAGACAGAAAGUGCUCUAUCUGGGACAUAUUGUGACCCAAGAAGGAAUUUCAACGGAACCAAGCAAAGUUGAAGCUGUGACUACGUGGCCAAGACCUACGAACAAGCGAGAUUUAAGAGGAUUUCUAGGACUUUGCUCGUACUAUCGCAAGUUCAUUAAGUCAUUUGCCGACAUUGCAAGCCCAUUGCAUAAACUCACCGAGAAAGAAACUGUGUUUGAUUGGUCUGAACAAUGUGAGGAAGCGUUUGGAGAAUUGAAGCGUCUUUUAACGGCAGCCCCAGUGUUGGCCUACCCAAUUGCGUCAGGGAGAUUUACGAUAGACACGGAUGCGAGCGAGAGAGGAAUUGGCGCUGUCUUAUCUCAAGAACAAAACGGAAUAGAAAGAGUUGUCGCGUACUUUAGUCGAAGUCUGAGCAGAAGAGAACGAAAUUACUGUGUGACGCGAAAAGAGUUACUGGCAGUGGUCAAAGCAACAGAAAAGUUUCAUUAUUAUCUCUAUGGUCAACGAUUCGUGGUGAGAACUGAUCAUGCUUCAUUAAAGUGGUUGUUCAAUUUCAGGCAGCCAGAAGGACAGAUUGCUCGUUGGUUGCAGAAGUUACAAGAAUAUGACUUUGAGAUCGUGCAUCGUGCAGGAAGAAGUCAUGUCAAUGCAGAUGCUUUGUCACGACGACCAUGUUAUGAGUCAGCAUGCAAGUUCUGUUCGGCUUUAGAAGAUAAAGAUAAUGAAAACGAAGCGAUAAGUGAGGAAGAAGAAAGGGAUAUGCGCGGAAAUGGAAUUUCAAGAGGGGCGACCAUAAACCAAGACGAACUGUUGUUUCAAAUUUGGACAAAGGAAGAGCUCAGGACGAAGCAAGUGGAAGAUCCAGAUAUUAGACAUGUGAUGGAAUGGAAGAUUAACGGAAGACCAGAAUGGAAAGACAUUUCGGCUAUGAGUCCAGUUACAAAAUCAUAUUGGGCGCAGUGGGCAUCAAUUGAUGUGGUGGAUGGAAUCCUUUAUCGACGUUGGGAGGAUGCAAGUGGACGUGAAGUGAAGUAUCUCUAUUUAACACCAAAGGCGAUUCAAGAUGAUGUUUUGCGAAAUCUACAUGACUCUCCAACUGCGGGACACUUCGGCGUGAAGAAAACGUUAGCUCGCGUUCGACAACGUUUCUAUUGGAUAAACCUAAGAUGGUCAGUGGAGAACUGGUGCAGAAAAUGUGAGAAAUGUGCGUCGCGUAAAGGAUAUCCUAGAAGAGCCAAAGCUCCGUUGAAAUUGUACACCGUUGGUUCGCCGAUGGAGAGGAUAGCUAUCGACGUGUUGGGACCGCUUCCAAAAACAGAUUCGGGAAACCAAUAUAUACUCAUUGCUCAAGAUUACUUCACGAAGUGGCCGGAAGCCUUUGCUCUUCCAGAUCAACAAGCAGUUACAGUCGCAGAAGUGUUGGUCAACCAGUUCUUCACUCGGUUUGGGAUCCCUAUGGAGUUACAUUCUGAUCAAGGGAGGAAUUUCGAAUCUGAAACUUUUCGAGAAGUUUGUCGGUUACUUGGAAUUAAUAAAACGAGAACAACUCCUUACCAUCCUCAGUCGGACGGAAUGGUGGAACGUUUUAACAAGACAAUAGAAGAUGGAUUGGCGAUGUUUGUGAAUGCUCAUCAAACCGACUGGGACAUGCAUAUUCCUCUGUUGUUAAUGGCAUAUCGUAGUGCAGAACACGUAGCAACGAAGAUUAGUCCAUCCCGGAUGAUGCUUGGUAGAGAGAUGAAAUUGCCUAUUGAUGUUUGGGCAGGACGACCGGAAGGUGGUGAGAUGCCACGAAGCAGCCCGAUGUACGCGCAGAAGUUACAAGAAAAGAUGGACGAAGUGCAUAUGUUUGCAAGAGAUAACUUAAAAAUCAGUUCUGGUGCGAUGAAGCAACAUUAUGACGUGAAGGCUAUGGCAGUGAAAUACGAAGUUGGCACGGGUGUUUGGCUUCAUAACCCACAACGGAAAAAGGGAAGAUCACCAAAGUUGAGCAGAAAUUGGGAGGGCCCUUACGUUGUGGUGAAGCAAAUAAAUGACGUUGUCGUUCGAAUAAAGAAGGGGCCCCAGGCAAAGCCCAAAGUCGUGCACAUCAAUCGACUGAAACCUUACACAGGUGGAGAGUAUUUUGGUUGGUUCGCAGAGAAAGGAAGCAAUGGUUCCGGAACUUCGAGGAACUUAGAUAUCGGCAAGUCGACUUUACCUGGGGUGAGGACAACAUCAAAGAAAGAGAGUAAUGGUAAAAACACAAACAGUAGGACCACGGUUGAAUCGUUGCGUCGCGGUAUACGAACUAGGAAACAACCACAAAGAUAUACACCGUAAGAUUUUGGGUUGAAAUUGUUCAACGGAGACCGAUGAACUGGGGAGAGGGCAAUGUAGUGCCGGUCAGAGAACAAUUGGGACAAAUGACUAUUAUGUGUGUUAUGUGUGUAUUGUGUGUUACUAUGUAAAUUUGUAAAUAGAACAAUAAAACUAUAUAGGCGUGAAAACUAAUUAGGUUAUGUAAAUUGACAGUGUGUAUAAAAGGACAAUUUUAAUACGAUUUGCUGUGAUUUCUUUAGUAAAUAAAGCGUGUUUGUACGAAGUUGUUUUACUUUUCUGUGGCGGGUUUUUUUUCGACACGAUCUCGCUUAAUCUGGCACAACAGAUAUAUAGAUAUAUAGAUAUAUAUAUAUAUAUAUAUAUAUAUAUAUAUAUAUAGAUAUAUAUAUAUAUAUAUAAUAUUUCUCUGUAUAGACCGAGCAAGCGAAAUUAAUAAAACGUUUAUUACAUGGCAUUUAUACUUUAAAGAAACAACAAAUGCAUGAUUUAAAAUGCAUAUAAUAAUAGUGUGGUACACAUUUGGUCAAAGAAAACAAAAAAUACCAAUGUAUUCCUUCUUUUCCACUAAAAACCAUUCGCACAUAUCUUACCAAUAACAAAUUAAAUUAUAAUUUUCAAUUAGCUUUGCUGUUUUAUUGGGAAAAUAAUAAUGGACUGCUGAAAGUGCUUUUCAGCCAAUCACAGUCCGCCAUUUCAUUGGAAGUGAUGCUUGCCAUAUAAUAAUACAUGAUAAUUAUGUUUGUUUUCUGUAUUUUAGAAUCUACCAAUAACGGAGUAUUGAAACAAAAGUGUCAGCAAGGUUUGUAAUAUUCAAAUGUAUUAAUUCAAAACCUUUUAUCGUAUAAAAUUUAAGCAGUAUACUUUCAUUGGGUAUACAUUCAUAGCGUAUAAAGUGUGCAGUACUGUACUAUCUUUGAAAUAUUGCAAUUUAUUGUAGCCCAUGUUCCUGGUGAACUGAAUCGAAAAUCUGUUGCUGCUGCCUUCUGGGAAUGUGAGCUUUAUAAUGAGCUACUAGACAUAGAUUUGGCAGAGAAAUGGUCAUUUACCAAAGAGAAGACUUGCUCAAAUUCAUCUGGCUCAAAAGAUGCUGCUGCUGAAUUUAUUGUGCGUAGCCAAGUUGCAACAUCAUAUGAUCACAAAUGCUAUGAGGGUUGUCGAAACAAAGGCAUAGUAAUGCACUGCAAGUUUAUGCCCAGCGGGCAAAAUGAUGUUUAUCCAACGUUGAAUCAACGUUGGAAAUGACCUUCCAGACGUUGGAUAGACGUUGAAAAAGGGUUGACUAUGCAAAUCGGAUCGGCGUUACUGUUUCGACGUUGAAACAACGUUAAAAUUAGGUUGCCAAUUUCGUCAACCAUAUUUCAACGUUGAAUCAACGUUGAAACAACGUUGAGAUUGGUUCACAAAUCGACGUCGUACAUUUAACCAUGAAUGAACGUUGGUUCAACGUCUGUUGGCUGCUGUUGAACCAAUGUUUGUAAAACAACGUCAGAGCAACGUAGAUAUUAGGUUGUCGACGUCGCAACCUUUUCUCUACCAAAUUUCAACGUUGAAACAACGUCGUGUGCCCGGUGGGUGGUUAAUAUGAAUUGAUUAUACUGCAGUAUAAUUGCAUUGACUACUACAGUAUAAUUGCAUUGAUUAUACUACAGUAUAAUUGCAUUGACUAUACUACAGUAUAAUAGCAUUGAUUAUACUACAGUAUAAUUGCAUUGAUUAUACUACAGUAUAAUUGCAUUGAUUAUACUACAGUAUAAUUACAUUUCUUGAAAUUCAGGACACAGCUGUGACAGUCUAAUUUUUCUUUAAUUAAAUAAUAAAUGCUAUUUCCUUUUAUUAAUUGUGUUUUUGAAUGAUAAGGCAGGACUGUUAGGAAUGUAAGGUGGCCAAAAUUUCACCUAGGCAUGUACUCGAAAUGUUUCAAAAUCAAUUAGCACAGUCAUAAGCUUUUCACAUUUACAUCUCACUUAACCGGUAACAUCUUCCAGAAAAGGUAUUGGGGUUUGCUGGAAUCCUGAGAAUUUUCCCAGUGGCAUAAAAAUUGCCCCUAAUUAAGGAGCAGUUGCAAACUGAUGGUUAAGUACCAAAAACCACUGAAUGCAAGUCCACCCGAGUAUAAAUCCCCUAUGUGUAUAAGCCCCCUAUGUGUGUAAGCCCACCAUAUUUACUAACAUUCAGGCCAUUCCAAAUAUAAGCCCGUCUACACAGGGGGGGUUGACAAAACGUGGACCCCCCUUUCUGGACCCCUAAUCUGGAGCCCAAUCUGGACCCCAAUCUGGACCCUAUUCUUGACCUUUUAAAAACCUACAGACCAGAUUGUAGGACACAACUAUUUGGAUUUCAAUAUAACGAUGAUCGAUUUGAUUCAUUUAGCUUUUUUCGACUUUCUGAAUCCUCAUCCUGAUCAUUUCAGUCAUAAUCUUGUACAUUAGGGCAUUGCUGGGCAACAUAGUUAUCCAAUUAGAAAUUUCUUACUGCAAUAGUUUUCUUGUUUCAUGUUCUUUUGAAUAGGGAUAAGCACUUUCAGUAAACUGCAUGUGGUUUUUGUGACCUUGUAAAAUACUGUGUAAUGACAUUGUCAAUGUAGUGUUGGGUUGCUAUAAAUCGGCAAAUUUACCCCGCUGCAUUUACAGCAAAAAUGUCAACAAAUAUUGGCUUGUGGCCAAAUUAUCGGUCACUGCCGAAGCCAUCUCAACAAAUGCGGGUUGGGGACGGACUGCUUACAGCUACCUAUGUAAUGUUUUCUUAAUUUGCAUGUUUUCUUUUGGUUUUUAAAAGGUCCAGAAAGGGGUGCAGAAUGGGGUGCAGAAAGGGGUCCAGAAAGGGAUCCAGAAUGGGGUCCAGAAGGGGGGGUCCACGUUUUGUCAACCCCCUAUACAGGGUGUAUAAAAAAAACUGAACAAAUUUGAAAUUGCUCUCAAUUUUGCAAAACAGCUAUUAGUAUCCAGUUUUUGAUAUAUAUGGCUUGUUUAGGUACUUAUAAUGUAGAAUGAAAAAAAUUUCUCGAACACAAAUUUUGUAAACCGGGGGGGGGGGGCAGUCUUUUCCGACAAACUAAAAAUGGGUUGCGCAUGAGAUUUAAAAGCUAUAAUCGUAUUUUGAGUUAAUGGAUGAAACAUUUGUUGAAUGUUUAAUUGCUGCAUGAAAUUUCAGACAAUUUGCUUCAGAUUAAGCCCUUCAACUAUUCACACAAACUUACAUUUUUCCUAAAAAAUCAGCAAUUUGCAUGCUUAAUUAAUGCAUUUGCCCAAUUUGCAUCUUUCAGCAUUAUGCAAAUUAGGUAAAGGCAUUAAUUAAGCACGCGAAAGGCUGAUUUUUUAGGAAAUAAUGGAUAGUUAAAGGGCUUAAACUAUAAAAGCAAAUUGUCUGAAAUUUUGUACUGUAAUUAAAAACCCAACAAAUGUUCCAUCCAUUAACUCAAAAUACGAUUAAAGCUUUUAAAUUUUGUGCGCAAGCCAUUGUUAGUUUGUUGGAAAAGACACCCCCCCCCUGGUUCACAAAAUUUGAGUUUGAGAAUUUUUUUUCAUUAUUCUACCUUAUAAGUACCCAAAGAAGCUAUAUUUGAGCAAUUUCAAAUCUAUUCAGUUUUUUUGAUACACCCUGUAUAUACGCCCCUCCAUUUACAGGCUUUAUAUUAUUGGACAGGUAUAUUAUUAACACAGUGACAAUAAUUACACCAACUUGUUUUAUGUAUAGAUUAUAAACUGUAUGUUUAUAUUAAUUAUCGUUCACACUAUUAUUUACAAGUACGAUAAAUGUUAUUCCUAACAUCAAAUGUUUUCCGUAUAUAACCCCCCCCCCUGUAUACAGUAUAUGCCAUCCCAUGCUUAUGAACGAAUAUAAGGCCAGGGCUUAUAUUCAUAGGUGUACCGUAGAACCCUGUUAAGUGUUACGCUACUGGCUUACCUUACGUGUGAAUAAUAAACAAUUUUCUAAUUAAUUUCAUAGUAAAACAAUAAUGGCAGCAUAGGCAAUUAUAUUUCUUUUAUUAGGCUACUAUUUCUAGGUGUACUUGGUUUUUGGGAAGAGAAUAUAUUCUAAUCUGAUGAUUAUAUAUGUUCUCAUAUUUUCCAACUGAAAUAGAACUAAAAUUUCCCAGUACUUGGAUUAAAGAUGCUUCUUGGAAGCGAUGGAUUGAUAUUGUAACAAAGCCUUGUGUUGUGCUCCCGCCCUGGGGGUGGGGAUGUUUACAAAGAGUAGCCAUGGCGGGAUACCUGCAUGCUUCAUCCUGGGGAAAUACCUGCAUGCUUCAUCCAUUUUGAAAUUACACUUUCAUGUUUACAAAUCAGGGUUUAAUUUCAAGUACCUUUCAUUUGGCAUUUUGACCAAAUUCUAAAAAUUGCCACCAUGGGUUUCAUGCCAAAAUCGAGAAUUAUAUGCAAAAAUUCUUCCUUCCCUCAGAGGUUUGUGUGUGUGUGUGUGCGUAUGCCCAUCAAAUAGUAUUAGAUAGUAUUUAUUUCUUUGUACAUAAAAUACUUACAGUUGUAAAUUAAAUGAUGUUUUAUAAGGCUGUGGGAAGUUGUAUGUGCUGGAUGGGAAUUGGAAACUGUGUUAUGCACACUGCAUGUUUCCUGUUCAAGUGGAAAUUCUUGGAUAUGAAGGAGAAAUAAUCCUGAUGUCUGCCCAAGGAGCCCUGAGUACCAGUCAGCCUUUUGUGACAGACAUUCCCCCCUAGUGAAACAGAAGGGGAUUCCAACAAAACUGAGACCAUUUCUGGAUUAUUGCCAGAGGAAAAAGAAAGGUAUUGUAAGUUAUUAUAAUUGCAUAUAGUGUAGACAUUAUCUAUUGUUUUGUUCUUUUUAAAAUUUCUCAAUGUCAGACAACUGUAAUUUUUAUAAACACUUCCUCAAUAAAACCGGUCAUGAACAAUAGCGUAGCCAGCCCGACGAUUUAGUCCCGCUAUGCAAAUAUUUUCGUGUUCAUUGACUGUGAAAACAAUCAAUUUCUAAAAAAAAUGAAUAACGAUAAUGUUCAAUUUGCAUAUAGCACCCGGCAUGCCUGUAUAUUUAGUUUUUUUGCAGGUAGCCAAAAAAAUUUGCAGUUAGCCCUGUGUGGUCGAAAUUUGGCCGCUUCACUUGAAGCUUGCAAAUUGUGACAGGGGACCGGGCACUGAAGAAAUUUGUUUGAGUUAUGUUAUGCUUCAUAUUGUCAAAAUUGAGUGUCCACUAAUUUGCUCAAACCCAAUUGGUUGAAAAUUUUCAUAUAUCAAGCCGACAAGAUUGUCGGCUGACGAAUAAAAUUCGGCCACAGAACAGGAAAUUUUAUGCUUUUGAUGGCAUCGUUUGAUGAAUUUACGUCUUGAGUACGACUCUUAUUAAAUCUGGUCGGUGAAUAUUGCAAAAUGUAUUGGGAAAAAGUGAAAUUUCUUUACUUAAGCAUGCAUAUAAGACCUUCUGACCAAGGAUUGCAGUUAGCUUCACGCACUUGCAGGUAGCGCCGCGACUUAGGAUCCCAACAUCUGACAGGCAUGAAGAGCGGGACUAAAUUGUCGGACUGGCUAUGCCACUGGACUCAUGAAAUGAUGAAAAUGUUAUUCUAAUUUUAAUAGAACCCAGUGAUGCACUAAAGGAAUUAAACGCUGAAAUUCCUGAUGUCAGUGAAGACAAUGCAGCAGUAUAUCAAGGUGCAGUAGUAAUAAAAAAUCAGUAUAUAAUACUUAAAUGGCAAUAUACUGUGGUUGUAAGCAUUCCGAAUAAUUGCGUUAUAACUGAUUAACCCAUUAAGUUGUAAGACUUCCUGUAAACGAAUAAAGCAGGGUGCACUUGGGUGCAUUGACAGUCAAUGAGUUGAAACAUUUUACUAGCUAAGUUGACCAUUAAUUUGAAGACCGUUGUGAUAUAUAUUUUGUUUAACUCGUAUUGUAGGUACCAGGUUAUUUAUGGCUAAAAAUCAAGCUAUUGUUAAAGACUGCGAGGAACUGGAGGAAGUGACGUGUAACAAGGAUACUGUUGGAAAACGACGCCUGCAGAAAUGGUCAAGGGGUAUUUUCAUCAUUGCUACAGCUGGUGGACAUAUCGAGUAUUGGCAGCCUCUUUACAAGUAAGCAAAUACUGCAUGGCUUUUAUUAUAUGCAGUCGUUCAACCUUCACUAUUUAAAUAUAAUAAUUCGGUUGAUGGUAAAGUAAUGUGUGGCAUUUUCCUUGUACUGUAGGUCCGAAUCACCCACACAAGCCUUCGUCAUCACCAUUGUGUGGUUGCACAACAAAUUCUUGGAAUUGAAAAAUGAUGGUAUGAAUGUGAAGGAAACCGUGCUAGCGUAUGACAAUAUGUGUCAUUUGAACUCCCUUCGUGCCGCUUGCAAGGAUUUGCCUCUACCUCCUCCGUUUGAUAAGAUGUGGAAGAGCAUUGAAAAGGUCAUUGAUAGGUUGCACUUGCAAAACCACAAGGACCCUUCAUGCAAAAUCAACUACAACCCAGAUAACAUCCUCUCAAAAUCCUUCAACACAAUGGCAGCUGAGCAGGUUAAUGUUUGGGCCAGCAGACUAAAAAGAAUCAUGGUUGCAAUGCCAUACAUUCAUCACAUGUUCUUUUUUCACCGAAUGGUCAAGAGAAGAAAUGCAUAUACGGAACUAUGUUAUCAAGUAGGAAAGCAGCCGAUUGCUCCAAAAGCUGCAAAGAAAUGGUGCCAGCUGGCUUAA